AUGUUUUUCGCCCGGCUCGUAAUGAGGCGAUUUAUUCAUUCGUCGAAACGGCUCCGUCAGGGAAAAACUGACUAUAGCAAGAAUUAUUAUGAGAUUCUGGAAGUGGGACGUGACGCAACGCAACAGCAGAUCAAGAAUGCAUUCUAUACGCUCUCCAAAAAAGUGUUUGAGGAAAUGCGUCGUCGUGCAGAAGAAUAUGAAAAGAUGCGGCGCGAAGAGGAGGAGCGCUACUGGAAGUUUUAUCAGAGGGAAAGGGAACGCUACAAUCGGCGACACGAAAUGCCGCCGAGGCCAAGUGUUAAAAUUGCUAUUGACAGAAGAGUGCUUAGUGACGAGGAAAGAAAUGAUGAGCAAUCGAAAUUCGACGAAAUGAUAUUGCGCCAGCGAUAUGUUCGUGAUUUAGGGCAUGCUGAAGAUGUUUCAGAUAUGCCAGGCCAAAAAGUUGUACAGUGCAUAUGCUAA